AUGUCUGAAUCACCAGCUGUUUCACAGUCCACAAAUAUGUCCGACCUUCUGCCCACCAGCUUCGUCGGGACCACUAUGAGCGCAGUGCAACACGAUGAUGGGAAACUCCGCGUCUACUUUCAAAACAAAGACUAUCAGAUCUACGAAAUGUCGUUGAACGACCCGAAGAGCACGAGCUAUACCCUGCUCAAGCUCACUAACAGCAACAUACCCGCUGCUCGUAUCAACACGCCCAUCGCAGCCGUGGCGAGUAACGACUUACAGGAGAUUCGCAUUUUUUACAUCACUGUAAACAGCCGUGUGCAGGAGCUUUCUCACUCCCAGCGCCAUGGUUGGCAGAAAGGCGCGAAUAUUGGCAUCGCAUGUCGAGAACAGCACCUGUUUGUAUGCGCAACAGCAAUCUAG